AUGCCAAAGAACGCCAUUUCCGACGAAGAAGAUGAUCAUGAGCUCGAGGAUGAGGAAGGAUCGCCAAUUCAUGGAGAUCCUGUCGAUAACGGUGACAACGAUGACGAAGAAGACGAUGAAGAAGGUAACGAUGAGUACGAGAAUGAUGGGUUCAUAGUGCAUGAUGAAGAAGAAGAGGAGGAAGAAGAGGAAGAAAAGCAAGAUAGCGAUGAAGAGAGGCAGAAAAAGAAGAAGAAACGAAGGAAAAAGGACGAAGACCUUGAUGAAGAUGAUUAUCUGCUUCUCCAAGACAACAACGUCAAAUUUGAAAAGAGGAAGUAUAAGAGGUUGAAGAAAGCUCAAAAGGAAAGGGAAAAUGGUCAAGGGGGCUCGUCUGAUGAUGAGUUAGAUGGGAUUGGCGGAGCUAGGAGAAGUGCAGAGGACAAGAUCAAAGACAAUCUGUUUGACGACGAUGUUGAUGAUCUUCCUGAUGAUGUAGGCGAUGAAGAAGAUAUAGCUAUGGAAGAAGAUGUAGUUGGGAGCGAGGAUGAAAUGGCAGAUUUCAUUGUAGAUGAAGAUGAUGGGGACCAUCCCCCUAAGAGGAGAGACCCAAAGAAAAAGAAAUAUAGGCAGGGAUCAGAUAUUCAUGCUAUCCGAGACGCUAAUGAAAUCUUUGGUGAUGUUGGUGAAUUAUUGAUACUUCGGAGAAAGGGUUUGGCGUCUAGUGAAAGGACAGAAAGAAGGCUCGAAGAUGAGUUUGAACCAACUGUUCUGUCUGAGAAGUACAUGACAGGGAAAGAUGAUGAAAUUCGCCAGCUUGAUAUUCCCGAGAGAAUGCAGAUAUCUGAAGAAAGCACUGGAAGCCCUCCUGUAGAUGAACUUGACAUUGAGGAAGAGAGCAAUUGGAUAUAUGCUCAACUUACUUCUCUACUAAAAGAAUCUGAUGGUCAAGGAUUUCACUGUUUUUCGGUUAUCAAGGAUGACAUUGCAAAAUUUUUGGAGCUACAUCAUGUGCAGAAAUUAGAGAUACCAUUUAUAGCUAUGUACCGAAAGGAGCAAUGCCGGAGCUUGUUGGACACUGGUGAUCUUGAUGAAUCUAAUCUGGAGAAGAAACCUGAGACUAAGUGGCAUAAGGUAUUCUGGAUGAUUCAGGACUUGGAUAAAAAGUGGCUCCUUCUUCGAAAAAGGAAAAUGGCGUUGCAUGGUUACUAUACAAAGCGAUUUGAAGAAGAGUCUAGGAGGGUCUAUGAUGAAACUAGGCUUAAUCUAAAUCAGUAUCUUUUUGAAUCUGUCAUUAAGUCUCUUCAAGUGGCAGAAACAGAAAGAGAAGUUGAUGAUGUAGAUUCAAAGUUCAACUUGCAUUUUCCAUCCGGUGAAAUUGGUAUUGAUGAAGGACAGUACAAAAGACCAACAAGGAAAUCCCAAUAUAGCAUCUGCAGCAAAGCAGGGCUCUGGGAGGUUGCAAACAAAUUUGGGUACAGUGCUGAGCAACUGGGACUUGCAUUGUCCCUCGAAAAACUGGUUGAUGAGCUCGAGGAUGCAAAAGAAACACCAGAGGAGAUGGCAUUGAACUUUGUGUGCCGAAUGUUUGAAAAUCCUCAAGCUGUUCUUAAGGGUGCACGGCAUAUGGCUGCAGUGGAGAUAAGUUGUGAGCCAUCAGUCAAAAAGUAUGUCCGUGGCAUUUAUAUGGAGAAUGCAGUAGUCUCAACAAGUCCAACAGCGGAUGGGAAUGGUGUAAUAGAUUCGUUCCAUCAGUUUUCUGGGGUUAAAUGGUUACGUGAAAAGCCGUUGAGCAAGUUUGAGGGUGCGCAAUGGCUUCUCAUUCAGAAGGCUGAAGAGGAGAAACUUCUUCAAGUAACCUUCAAGCUGCCUGAGAAUUACCUGAAUAGGCUAAUUAGCGACUGCAAUGAACACUACCUAAGUGUUGGUGUUAGUAAGUAUGCUCAACUCUGGAAUGAGCAAAGAAAAUUGAUACUGGAGGAUGCACUUACUUCUUUUCUUUUGCCAUCAAUGGAGAAAGAAGCAAGAUCCUUGCUAACUAGCAGAGCAAAGAGUCGGUUACUUUCAGAGUAUGGACAGGCUUUAUGGAACAAGGUCUCUGCAGGGCCAUAUCAAAAGAAAGAAAUGGACAUUGGCUCAGAUGAGGAAGCAGCACCUAGGGUCAUGGCAUGUUGUUGGGGACCAGGAAAUCCACCAAAUACGUUUGUGAUGCUGGACUCAUCCGGAGAGGUGCUUGAUGUGCUCUAUGCAGGAUCCCUCACGUUGCGAUCUCAAAAUGUUAAUGACCAGCAACGUAAAAAGAAUGACCAGGAUCGCGUUUUAAAGUUUAUGAUGGACCACCAACCACAUAUUGUGGCGCUAGGAGCUGUCAAUUUGAAUUGUACUCGUCUGAAGGAUGAUAUUUAUGAGGUCAUAUUCCAGAUGGUGGAGGAAAAGCCUAGAGAUGUCGGACAGGGGAUGGAUGAUUUGAGCAUUGUUUAUGUAGACGAAUCACUUCCUAGGCUAUAUGAAAAAUCUCGAAUCUCGGGGGAACAGCUACCUCAGCAGUCAGGGUUUGUGAAACGUGCAGUUGCUCUUGGACGCUAUCUCCAGAAUCCACUAGCAAUGGUUGCAACUUUAUGCGGACCAGGCAGGGAAAUUUUGUCAUGGAAGCUUCAUCCACUGGAGAAUUUUCUUCAGUUAGAUGAAAAGUAUGGGAUGGUUGAGCAGGUUAUGGUUGACAUAACAAACCAGGUUGGAAUCGACAUUAAUAUGGCAGCUAGCCAUGAGUGGGUUUUCUCUCCUUUACAGUUCAUUUCUGGGCUUGGGCCUAGGAAAGCUGCAUCCUUGCAGAGGUCGCUUGUAAGAGCUGGUUCAAUAUUUGUUCGCAAGGAUCUCAUAAUGCAUGGCCUUGGUAAAAAAGUAUUUGUAAACGCAGCUGGUUUCUUGCGCAUCCGGAGGAGUGGGCUGGCUGCUAGUAGCAGUCAAUUUAUUGACUUAUUGGAUGACACCAGGAUACAUCCCGAAUCAUAUGGUCUUGCGCAAGAAUUGGCAAAAGAUAUUUAUGAUCAGGAUGUUAGAGGUGAUACUAAUGACGAUGAGGAUGCGAUAGAGAUGGCAAUAGAACAUGUGAGAGAUCGGCCAGCCUCUUUGAGAAAACUUGUCCUUGAUGAGUAUCUUGCAAGCAAAAAACGGGAGAAUAAGAAGGAAACUUACAGUAAUAUCAUGAGAGAAUUAAGCUGUGGUUUCCCAGAUUGGCGGAUGCCGUUUAAAGAUCCAACUCCAGAUGAAGAGUUUUACAUGAUUUCUGGUGAAACUGAUGAAACCAUAUCUGAGGGCAGAAUUGUCCAGGCCACUGUUCGAAGAGUGCAGGGUGGAAGAGCCAUAUGUGUAUUAGAUUCUGGGUUAACUGGGAUGCUUUCGAAGGAAGAUUUCGCAGAUGAUGGGAGAGAUAUUGUUGAGUUGUCGGAUGUACUGAAAGAAGGCGAGAUCCUAACAUGCAAGAUCAAAAAGAUUGUGAAGGAGAGGUAUCAAGUGUUCCUUAUUUGCAGAGAAAGCGAAAUGAGAAACAACAGGCAUCAGCAGAACCAGAAUUUGGAUCCUUACUACUUUGAGGAUAGAAACAGUCUUCAGAUAGAAAAAGAGAAAGCUCGAAAAGAAAAGGAGCUGGUGAAGAAGCAUUUCAAGUCUCGAAUGAUUGUCCAUCCCCGCUUCCAAAAUAUUACCGCUGACCAAGCAACAGAGUAUUUGUCAGACAAAGAUUUUGGAGAAAGCAUUGUUCGUCCAAGUUCUCGGGGCCUCAAUUAUUUGACGCUAACGCUCAAGAUUUACGAUGGAGUUUAUGCCCACAAGGAGAUACAAGAAGGUGGGAAAGAAAACAAGGACAUCACAAGCCUACAGUGUAUCGGGAAGACACUGAAAAUUGGGGAGGACACCUUCGAAGAUCUAGAUGAGGUCAUGGAUCGGUACGUUGAUCCUCUUGUUUCUAACCUCAAGAUCAUGCUGAAUUACCGGAAGUUCCGUAAAGGGUCAAAAUCAGAAGUUGAUGAGCUUCUCAAGAUCGAGAAGGGUGAAAAUCCUUCAAGGAUAGUUUACUGUUUUGGGAUUUCACAUGAACACCCAGGAACCUUUAUACUGUCUUACAUAAGGAGCACAAAUCCUCAUCAUGAAUACGUCGGUCUAUACCCCAAGGGAUUCAAGUUCAGGAAGAAGAUGUUUGAAGACAUUGACAGGCUUGUAGCAUACUUCCAGAGGCAUAUCGAUGACCCAUUGCAAGAACAAGUUCCAUCGAUCAGGUCUGUUGCUGCCAUGGUACCAAUGCGAAGCCCAGCAGACCGUGGCUCUUCUGGAGGAGGUGGUUGGGGCGGUUCUCAGAGUGAAGGAGGCUGGAAAGGAAACUCGGAUCGCUCAUCUGGACCAAGAGCAGGGAGAGGCGGUGACUACAGAAAUGGUGGUGGACGUGGUGAUGGCCAUCCAAGUGGAGCGCCAAGGCCGUAUGGUGGUGGCCGUGGCCGAGGCAGAGGUCGGAGGGAUGAUAACAGUGAUAGACAAGGUGGCAAUGGAGGAGAUUGGGGUAGCAAUGAUUCCGGAACUGGAGAUGGAGGCUGGGCAAGUGGUGGCGGUGGUGGCGGUGGUUGGGCAAGUGAGUCUGGUGGUGGCGGUGGUGGUUGGGGAAGUGAGCCUGCUGGUAAUAAGAGUGGCGGUGCAGGUGGCUGGGGUAAUGAUUCUGGCGGAGGCGGUGGUGGUAACAGCGGUUGGGGAAAUGACACUGGUGGUAAAAAGAGCAGCGAGGAUGGCGGUUGGGGAAACGACUCUGGUGGGAAAAAGAGCGGUGGUGAAGAAGGCGGCUGGGGAAAAGAGUCUAGUGGUAAAAAGAGCAAUGGAGACGGCGGUUGGGGGACUGAAUCCAGUGGUCAAAAGAGCGGUGGUGGCGGCGGUGGUGGUUGGUGA